AGCGUGGAUGUCAUGGCUGGGGUCUCCUGAACCUCUUAGUUGUAGUUAUACAUCUCAGUCACUAGAUGGCAGAAGUCUAUGGGUAUGGACAGCGGCAGACAGUCGUUUGUUUACACUUGUUGCAAUGGCGACCAUCACUGAACUGAAGUGCGCCGUGAGGGAAACGCUGGAGUCCCGUGGUGUGCUGGGCCAGCUCAAGGCUCGCAUCCGGGCAGAAGUGUUCAGUGCCCUGGAUGACCAGCGUGAACCUCGUCCGCCACUGUCCCAUGAAAACCUCCUCAUCAACGAGCUAAUCCGGGAGUACCUGGAGUUCAACAAGUACAGAUACACUGCCUCAGUACUAACAGCAGAGUCAGGUCAACCUGAAGUUCCCUUGGACAGACAGUUCCUGGCAAAAGAGCUGAAAGUCACAGAGGAUACAAGCUCCAAGUCUGUGCCUCUUCUCUAUGGCUUGGUGUGCCACUUCGUGAACAGCAGUGAUAAUGGUGGAAAGGUGUUUCUGCGGGGUGCGUCUCUGCCAGCUGGUGCUAGUGCCAGCAACACAGUACCUGGACAUGAUACCUAGAAGUUAAUGCAUGAGUCCUGGAAUAAAACGAUGCUUCUACACUCCAAUUAUGAAAUGUUGCAGCAUCUUGUUGGAUUUUAAUCCUUUUCUCCAUGAUUUUUCACCGUUCUCUCACCAGAGUGUAAUCAACAGGCAUUACAGCAUGGACUAUAUUCCUUCUGCUGAGCUGAUAAAAAAGGCACAAAGCCUUUGUAUUGCUUUAUACUGUAAGUUGCCAAUGAUUCCAGAUGGCCUUUUUUUGUUUAGGUUUUUAAUAGCUGCCUUUACCAAUAGGUUUAGCAUCAAUCCAUAUUGCUCAUUCUCUGAAUAAUUCAGAAAAAAAGUUUAAAUAUCAUUCUAGAUGUCUUCUCUGUUUGAAUUUACAAAUGUUUGAUACUUUUAUAUUGUGUUUUAGUUGUUGAACAAUAAACGUUUCAUAUUUAUGCACUACAGUGAAUCAAAAAUCCUUUGUGGGAGUGCUAUUUUAUUGGCUUCCACAUGGUGGCAGGCUCACCAAAGAUAAAGCUGAAGACUGCUGCUGCCAGAAGAUUGAACAGAGAUGUUAGGGGCAUAUCCACCUUUAAUCCUUUAAUUGCAUUAAUAUUGUGGUUACUACUUACUACUAUAUUAUGUCAGUUACUUUUUAUUCAAAACUAUUGUAAACUACACAAAGUGUACUGCCUGCAAUCAGAACUGUAUUUGGAAGUACAGCACGUACUUUUGAGCAUGUGCUGUAUGUAGUUUUCAACACCUUACAGUUAAAUAAUGUUGAAUAA